CGUUGAAUGUUGAUGGCUAGCCGCUAAAGCUAGAGAGGUUAUCAUCAGAUCCAAACGCUUAUUUAACUUAACUCAUGAGUUGGUCGACAUUAAAUAGGCACGCUAGUUGAGCACAUUGGGCAUGAAAAUGAGAGAGAAGUAGUCAUAUUGCCAAGUCGUUUCAAUAAACUUCUUUCGAGCGACUACUUUUUACCUGAGGGAAAAAUCUAUGCUGAGGUUGGUCAAAAUGUCUAUUGUCUGUUGUUAGCUAGCUAAGUUAGCGAGUGUUAGACGAGCGGAGGUGAAAUUUGCAGCAGAGUUUUUAUCUUCACAUUGGACUCGAUGGUGAAUCUGUCAGAACAUAUCUUCGUUAUUUGUUACUGUAGUUUAGUGGAGCUAAUCGUUAGCUAAUUGCUAAGAUAAUCAGAGCUAGUGAACGCCAUGUCUGUGGCUAGCUGGCUAAUAACAGUUUCUCUGAGGUGGUCGUUGACCAGAGCGCUGGUCACAUCACGACAGAGACUCAUUCAGAGGUCAAACACUGAUGUCUGCUGCAGUGUGCGUGUGCUCCUGAUGUAAUGGCUUUUAUUACCGCUGCAUAAAUACCAACAGGUUGUAUAUUUGAGAGAUGGGCUCUGAAAACCCAGACGACUUUGGACCAGCUGUGAUCCUCGCCGAGGAAGAUCAGCAAGAAAUAGGAGGUCUGAUCAACUCUGAUGGGGAGGAGGUGGAUUUCUCAGAUCUCAGAGAGAGCGCUGUCCCUGGUAUUGGAAUUGCUGAGGCUCCCUCAAAGACAUUUGAUCUGACUGAGAAUGAAAAACCGCCGUCUCUUCACAGCUGCUCAGUGUGUGGCAAAGACUUCCCUUACGCCUCUAAACUUCAGCGCCACCUACGCACUCACUCAGGAGAGAGGCCUUUCCCCUGCUCCAUGUGUGAGAAGCGUUUUCCAGAGAAGGGGCUUCUCAUGAUCCAUGAAAGGGUCCACACUGGGGAGAAGCCAUUCCCAUGCACUUUCUGUGAGAAACGAUUUGCCAGCCAGGGGGAGCUCCGGCUACACCGGCGGACACACACUGGCGAGCGGCCGUAUCACUGCUCCAUCUGCCUGAAGAGCUUUUCUCGUCACUGGCACCUGAAAACACACUUAGAGGCGAUGCACUCUGAGGUCGUUGCUGGCUUUACCAGGAAGAAGUUUCCAUGUUCGGACUGUGAGAAGAGCUGUAACUCAGCAGCUGAGCUGAGAGAUCAUCAGAGGACUCACACUGGGGAGAGGCCUUACCAGUGCUCGUUCUGUGACAAACGGUUUGCCUUGUCGGGUACACUUGUGAGGCAUGAGCGUCUCCAUACCGGCAUUACACCCUACCACUGCUCUGACUGUGGGAAGACAUUUGCACAGCAGUGGACGCUGACAACACACAUGCGGACUCACACUGGAGAGAAACCCUACAGCUGCACACAGUGUGAUAAGUCUUUUGUCGCUCCUGGAGAGCUUCGGAGACACACCAGGAUUCACACCGGAGAAAAGCCGUACACCUGCACGGACUGUGGGAGGCACUUCUCACUAGCAGGAACUCUCAGAAACCACAAACGGUCAUGUACGCAGAACAAAAAUGCAGCAGUUACAGGUGUCAUCUCAGACCCAGUCGAAGCUCCAGCUGGUGAAUCAUCCCAGCAAGACCUGUCUGACAACAGCAGCUCUGAGGUGCCUGGCAGGCAGAAUUUACCCAGUCCAGUUGAGCCCCGUUCUUCAGAGGGUCCUAACUGUGACAAAGCAGUUCAGUAUGAAAACAACCAGAGAGAACCAGACAGCCGACAGGAGGACACCGCUUCCAGUCCACAAAUGAAUGUAAUAGUGAAAGAGGAGGAAGAAGAGGAGCCUUUGUGUGAAGAAGCCCCUGACCAGGUGUCUGGGAGUGAGGACUGUACCAGGCCAGAGGAAACUGAAGAGCAGCAGCAGGAGAGCAGCACAGAAAUUAGGAUUACAGUAAAGGAGGAAGAAGUGGAGCCUCUCAACAUGUCUGCAGAGGAUCCUGAUCGUGUUUCUGACUGUGAAAAAGACAGCCUGCUAUCAUCACCAGUGCAGGAACAGUUAAACAACAAUCUGACAAAGAGCUCUUACUGCUGUGGGCUCUGUGGAAGAGACUGUCACAAGAUGUCUGCGCUGCAAAUCCACAUGAGAAUUCACUCAGGAGAGAAACCGUAUCAGUGUACUCUGUGUGGGAAGCAGUUCACCCAGAAAGGUCAGCUCAAAGGUCACCAGAAAGUCCACACAGGAGAGAAACCGUUCUCUUGCCCGGACUGUGGGAAGAGCUUUGCCCACUCGGGGGCAAUGAACAGACACCGGCUCACACACACAGGAGAGAGGCCCUACCACUGCUCUGUGUGCGACAGGAGCUUCAACCAGUCCGGCCGCCUGAGGGAACACGAGAAAAUCCACUUUGGGGAGAAGUUUGACUGUCCCGAGUGUGAAAAAAGUUUCACGCGAGCUUCAAGCCUCAAGAACCAUUUCAGGCUUCACACGGGAGAGAGGCCAUACGGCUGCGACAUCUGCGGGAGAGGAUUCAGCCGCUCACAAAGCCUGAGGCUCCACAAACGAAAACAUGAGCUGAUUCAGACUGAGGAGGAAUCUGCAUUCCAUGUGAAGAAUGAUGAAUUCUCACAGAGUGAUGAUAACUCUCCAAUUAAUAUGUGUAUAACAGACAAAAACGACUUAUAAUGUAUUUAUAUAAAUCAUACAGAUAUGUGCCAGUAGUGCUAUAACAGUACAAGACUUUAGGCUGUACAACAUGAACUGAAAGAGGAGAAGUAAGUGACUACCUCUGUGAAUAGACCGUUGUCAAACCUUUAUGUGGUGGUUCACCCAAAAAGUAUUACAACUAAAAUAUUUAACUCCCAGGAAGGUGCAAACAAAUUAAUGACCAGACACACAACAGUUAAUGUUCAGCAAUUAGCAACACAGUUUUACACAAGGCAACUACACUAAUAUUUACUACAAACACAACUUUUGUAAAAUCUUGGAAACUGUUUAGGCGAUAAAUUUUAGAGGUCAUAUUUGCUCUUGUUUAUCACUCUUACCUAUGUUAGUUGCAUUGGAAUAUCAUAGUAUUUAUGGUAGUAAAAAUGAGUCAUUUAAGGUCUGUGAUUUCACUUUUUUCAUGCAGUAUUUUUCAUUCAAACUAAUCGCGUAUGUGGAAAUUGGAUUGAAGAAUAAUUUUGUCUUUGUAUCAGAUGUUACGGUGGCCAGAGAGCAGUCUAGGAAUCAGGUGAAACUGGAAUUCAUUCUUUGGCAACUCUACCCAGUAAUGAAACAAUGGGUCAUGAUGUUCAUCAGGUGUUUGCCAAAACCAUUUUGCCUUAGUGGUGAUUAUUUUAUACCUCUGUUUUGUACAGCAGUAAUUCAAGAACCAAAUCAUGAAUCAGGUUCACCUGGUUCAAAGAGCUCUUAAAGGCCAAAUUACUGUUGUGCAUAAAGGAAUCAUCCUCUAAGGCUGUGAUACAAGAGGCAAUAAUUUAAAGCUGUGUAGAUGGUAAAUUUUGCCCAGUGCUGCCUCUGUCUAAUUGUAUGGGACAUGUUAUACUGAACAAUAAAAGUUAAAGUACUAAA